UGGGGGGAGGGACAUGCCGAGGCAGCGCGCCCAGCCAUGGGACAGCAGGUCGCCGCCGUCCUGAACCAGGCGGCGGAGGAGACCGAGGAUGCGCGCAUCGACUUCUCCCGCGAGGACCUCGACAAGCUGCCCGAGUUGCCCUCCUACGGCCGCAGGGGCCCCCAGCCCAAGUCGGGAGCGCGGUCCAGGCGGCGGCCCGAUGUUCCCGCGAGCGCCGCCGACGCCGAGAACGUAUGGGGCGACAUCGACACCACCAAGGUGGAUGUGGGCCGCCUCGCACCGCGGAUCCUGGAGGCUCAGAGGCACAUACCGGUCAAAGAGGCGCGCGUGAUGCACUCGCUGCGGAAUGCGCACGACUGUUAUGUCCGCGUGCUGGUCUGGGACCCGUUCCGGGACCUCCUGAUCUCCGGAGGCGGCGAUGGUUGGAUCCGGAUAUGGAACACGCAGACGUUCGCGUUCGAACAGGAGCUGGACGCGCAGCUGAGCGUGCGCUCCGUGCUGGUCCUGACAGGGGAGCUGGCCAGCGGCCACAGCAACGGCGAGGUGAUGCUGUGGGACAUGGAGGGCCCUGGGCGCCCCAAGAUCGAGACGCUCCGGGCCCACCGCGAAGCGGUGUACGCCCUGGCCAUGCUGCGGUCCGGGGAGCUGGUCACCGGCGCCGAGGACAUCCGGGUGUUCGCGCGCGACGGGCGGGGCCGCUUCGGCCUGGUCUGCACGGUCGCCGAGGAGGUGCUCUGCAUGUGCACCGUGCCAGGCGGCGUCGGAGGCACUCAGAUCAUCACGGGCAACAUGAACGGGCUGAUGACGGUCUGGGACACCGUCGGCGACUGGGAGGUGGCGGCCCACUGCAGGGGCCACUCGCGCUCGAUCUGGGCGAUCUGCUACGUGCGGGACGCGAAGAUGUGCGCGAGCGGAAGCGCGGACCACACGCUCCGCAUCUGGAAUCCGCAGAACUGGCAGUGCGUCAACAUUCUCAGGGACCACACAGGCUGGGUCGUGGGCCUGUCCUCCGGGCCCGGCUGGUUGCUAUCCUGCAGCAUCGACCAGACGGUGCGGGCGUGGGACGUCAGGACAUGGACGUGCGCGCGUGCCUUCGACGACCAGCGGUACGAAGUGUAUUGCGUCUGCGCUUUCGCGGGCGGGCGAUUUGCCACCGGGGAGGGGGCGCCGAGAUGUCCAUAGUGGUCUACGGCGCCAACGAGGCCAGCGACGGGCCAGUCUGGACCGGCGGCGUGGGCGAGCAGGACCAGGUCUGGAACCAGCAGGACAAGAGCGACCGCCAGCGGCGCCAAGAUCUCAUCGCGCAGAGCAGCCUGGACAUGACCAUGUCCGGCAUGCGCGACAUGAUCGACCAGCAGUUCCAUGGAGGGGCGCCCCCGUCAGGCGGCCAGCCCAGGUCCGCGCCGGCGGCGGCGCAGCCCCAAGGCGGGAGCCGCGGCCGCCCCGCGGCCGACCGGUCGGUGUCACCGAUGGCGUCCCGCAAGGCCCCGGCGGGCAUGCCCGCCACGCCGCCGCGCUCGAAGUCGCCAGGCGGCGUCCUGGGCGGUAUCGGUGAGGCGCUGGGCAGCGUGGCGCGCGCGCUGUCGCCGCGCAGGCAGGGCCCGGAGGAGGUCGACCUGGACUUCGACACGGCCAAGGCAGUGCCUCGCACUUCCGCGGCCGCAGCGGCGGCCGCGCGCUCCCCCGCGGAGGCGUCAGCACAAGGCACCGCCGGCUUCGGGGGGGGCGACUCCCCCGCGCCGCAGCAGCAGUUCUCGCCGCCGCCGAGGCCGCCAGCCCCGGCGUUCGCGGCCGGCGGGCGUGCGCAGGUGUUCAGUGCGACGCUGAAUACGUGGCUGCUGGCGCGCGUCACGAAGGUCGACGGCUGCAUGGUCACGGUGGUGUACAACUUCCCCGACGGCGGAGAGGCCACCAAGGCACUGCCGUCGGACCACCAACACAUCAGACCAGCCGAGGAGGGUGCUCCUCUGGAAUCGCCCCCGCCUGGCGCUAUGGCCUUCGGCCACCAGAAGACGGUGAAGUCGAAGGCCACCUACGUCACGGGAGGCGAGGCGGAGGUUUACAGCUCCACUCAGGGCUGGGAGUCCAGCGCAGAGCGGGCGCGGCUUCUUCGUGAGGCUCAGGCGCUUCGUGGCCCUCCAGCUCUGCGAGUUGGCGGUGCCUCGUCUUCGGGCUGCCGUGGUGCCGUGCUAACGGGGCCGAAGAUCGAUAUGGGCAGCCAUCAGUGCAGGAUCGCUGGGUCCGGGCGAAGACCACCAAGGUCGAGAACGGCCAGGUGACUGUCAUCUACAAGUUCCCAGACGGGGGCGAAGGGAC